GAAAGAGGAAGAGGCGGAAAAGGAAGAGGCAAUAUGGCGAAUACCGGUGGAGUGACUGGAGUCGAUGGAGGAGAUAUGAUGCGAUAUGCGGAAUACACUCCAAAAUCAAACGUUCGGAGUGAUGCAGAAAUAGACAGACGGCUGGGAGGGACUCUGAUUGCUGUUGGUCUUGGUGUGGCUGCUGCAGGUUUUGCAGGCCAUUAUGCAUUCCAGUUGUGGAAGCCUCUUGGACAAGUCUUCUCGGAAACUGUCAAGAAGAUGCCCACAUCAGCUUUCUCGUCAUAUUACAAAGGUGGUUUUGAGCAGACGAUGUCCAGACGAGAGGCCAGCCUCAUUCUUGGAAUCAGCCCAGCCAGCACUAAGUCCAAAGUGAGUGAGGCCCAUCGGAGAAUCAUGGUCUUGAACCAUCCAGAUAAGGGUGGGUCACCAUAUCUCGCUGCUAAGAUCAACGAGGCCAAAGACCUUUUGGACAAGGAGACACGGCGAUGACCUGCACCUCAGACUUCCAUCACCUCAUCCAAGAACUUAGCUCUGUGGCGCUGCUUUUGACAUCAGUGCCACAUCUGGACUUCCACUCAGGCUCUUGGAAGGUGAUAGAAAAUGUUCUUUCAUUAAGCUGGUCACAUAACUUACCUGGAACUCUAUUUGUAAAACCCGUGGACAUAUAAAUAUGUACAUCAAUGAAGAGUUAGUGUUACUAUCUUAAAAUAAUUGACAGUCAUUUGAAAUAUUAUAGGGGAAGGCAUACGUAGGGAAUGCUGUGCAGCUGUCUUCUAGUGGUAAUUGUUCUAUAUUAGCAGAAUGCUGUUGAGUUCACGAUUUGCUGUGUAUAACAUUUUGGUAUGUGUAAAUAAGUCAGCAUACAAGUAAGGCAUUGCCUAAUUAUGUAUUCUAUGUAAUUAUAAUAGUAAAUUAUAUUUCCAUGUGUAAGUCACUGUGGGUGUGGUGAAAAUAGUGUUCUUUAGUAAACUUCCUUUGAAAA